UUCGUUCCCAGACGAUAGGAUUCAUGUGUAAACCCUCUGCUGAAAAUGAAUCACAAUGGAGACUAAAUAGCACUCAGCGAGGCGUUGGUUUAAUUUUUUUUACCUAUCAAUACAGAUUUAUUUUAAAUAAACAGAGUCAGAAAAAAAAUAUUUCCAUUGAUACGUAUUAUUUUAGCCGAAAGAAGAAGUUAUAGACAGACGCCGAAAGUGUUUCUACAAGUGUUGGUAACUAGGAAAUCGUCCUAGGCUAACGUUAUGUAGCAGAGCUAAUCUCAGUUUUCCUUAAGUGAAUUGGGUUACGUUCUUCUUUUGACACGUUGCAAUUGUACACACAGUGAGGCAUGACCGAGUACAAACUGGUGGUGGUGGGAGCAGGAGGUGUGGGGAAGAGCGCUCUCACUAUACAGCUCAUCCAGAACCACUUUGUUGAUGAAUACGAUCCAACCAUCGAGGACUCGUACAGAAAACAGGUGGUGAUUGAUGGAGAGACAUGUCUGCUGGACAUCCUGGACACUGCAGGCCAGGAAGAGUACAGUGCUAUGAGGGACCAGUAUAUGAGGACAGGAGAGGGCUUCCUAUGUGUGUUUGCCAUCAACAACACCAAGUCUUUUGAGGAUGUUCACCUCUACAGAGAGCAGAUCAACAGGGUGAAGGACAGUGACAGUGUUCCCAUGGUGCUGGUGGGGAAUAAAAGCGACCUCAGCACUCGCACUGUGGAGACGAGACAGGCGCAGGAGCUGGCUCGAAGCUACGGCGUCCCCUUUGUUGAGACUUCAGCCAAAACUAGACAGGGAGUGGAGGAGGCUUUUUACUCCUUGGUGCGGGAGAUUAGAAGGUACAAGGAGACCAACCGCAGUAACAAGAAGAGCAAGAAGAACACUCAGAGACGCUGUACAAUACUAUAGCAAACCACAGGCAGCAACCCUUAUGGUAGUGGUUCCCAAACUGAUGGCCAUGGCCUUGACAACAGGCACAGGGUCAUGACCUCAGGACACUGAUGAAAGUUCCAACACUGACGUUUGAGAACCACUGCCUGAUGGCACUUGUCCCAUUCUUCCUUUCACAGACUGCACCUCCUUUUUGCAUCGUUGAUGUAAAGUGCAUUCUUGUGAAUUUAGCAGUUUUUUUUUUAUUAUUAUUAUUUUGUGACCAAAUGAUAGGAAUCUGUUUUAGUCAACAUUUUAGAAAAUUUCAUAUUGAUGGUGUGGUGGAAUGAUUAAGGAAUGGUGAGUUAUCUGUAGUGAUUACUGUGUGGUUACAUAUGGUCUGGCCAGUGUUUUUCUUUCUCUCUUUAUCUCUUAGCUCCUGUUGACUUUAAGGGUCCAGAGUUCAGUGUUACAUUGUUGCCCUGUGCAGUUGCAUGAGGUUACGAGCUAAGAUCAAACCACCAGGACCCAUGUGGUUCGUGUUGAGUGUAUGUUGGACUUUUAGUAUCCCAAUCUCAGCAUUGGCUUUUUUCGUGUAUUGUUUUCCCCAGUUUUUGUGUGACAGCAGUAUUUCCUUCAAGGACCAUAAAUGAAUCAGUGUCAUCAACUACACUUUAUUUGGUUCCCGUGUUGCCAGUUAGAUUCAUAUUUAACAUUUUCACCAAAUUAGGCCACAUUUUAUUACAGACGUGAUUAUUCAUGUUGAUGGAUAGUUCUGGAUGCGAGAUAAACACAUGCACUGAAGUGUUUGUCUGCUCCUUUUCUGUGCUUUAAUCUUUUUAAAUUCUUUCUAUUUUUGUUAUACAGUAUUCUUCCCCCAACUAAAUAUACAGCAUUUGUUUAAACUUUAAUUUACUUCUAUCACAGUAAAUUCACCCACAUCAAGGGCCUAAAGUUCUAGAUUUGAUGUCAAGCCUGUGAUGUUAAGUUACUGAGUUCAGCUGUGAGAAAUAAACCCCUGAAGCUUU